AUUUUGAGGAAGUAUGGCUGACCAGUGAUAUAACCAUUUAAUUGGGCACAUAGGUUUGAAUCAUGUUGCAAUCCUUAAUGGGAAAAAUGGCCUGCUGUUCGGCACGGGCUGAGAAUGUUUUAAAGAAAGGAUAUCAUGCACUUCACAACUUCGAUCGACAACGACGUUUGGAAUUGUUUUGUAACGAAAAACAGCGGCAAGCCAUAGUUCAUGAAAAGAAGGUUGAAAAGGUGUUCUGGACAAUUGAAAAUGACACUGGUAAUGAUCCUGUCAAGGUACUGAUGAAUCGAAAUAUUUCAACUUUUCGUGACUGUAUGAAACAUAUUUCGCGAUUAAAAGCUGAUCGUAUGGCAUUAGCAUGUGCGAAUGGUUCUUACAAGUCAGUACUUGAGAAAUUAUCGGGCAAUGGAAAAAUGAUACCAUUGGGUUAUAAUUGCCAGGAUAAACAUCACGCCAGUGCCGUUAAUAUGGCUUAUUGGCGAACAUGUGCGUUUUUAUUGGGUGCUGUUGUUGAUGAAGCAUUUGCUGUUGAUGUGCAGCUUGUUGGUCCUUCCACAAUAGACUAUCAUUCGGGUAGGUUUGAAUACAUUGCGAGGAUAAAGAAUUUGCAAAAUUGGACGCCAAACUCAGAAAAUUUGUUUGCGUUGACUGAGAAAGCCAUUGGAGAAUACAUCGCAAAAGCUUUGAUCGUCGAACCGUUGCUCGUAUCAUUGGACUUUGCAUUGGAUUUAUUUGAUUCAAAUGUUUGGAAACAAGAACUUGUUCAUAAAAUGAAGCAUGAAACCGAAAAUGGCGAACAAGGAGUAAUUAUUUAUCGAAUGGGUGAUUUCGUCGAUGUAACUUACGGACCUUUAAUUCCAUACACGAGUCAUAUUGAUAAAUUUGCUCUGACUAAAGUGGAAUACAAGAAUUCCGAAUAUCAUUUCAUUGGUGUAUCUGUACCGAAAGAAUUGAAAUGUUCGUCAUAUUCAUGGGAUUUAAUUUGUAACGCUUCAAUUAUGUCUCCUGUUCAGCAGCGAAAGUUACUUCAGGCUUCUUUUUGAACAUCUGCUUUUACGUACUCUGAAAUUCCAAUUCAGCCUUUUGUAAUGUGAAAUGAUUGUGAUCGGCUGAAAUAAAUUGCUAACUCUAAUCCACCUCUUUUCUUGUUGGAGUUGGAUUUCUCCAAUUUCUGUUUACAACAAGAACGGUUAGUGAGGAAAUGUCAUCGUUAAAUCACUGCACUGAAAUUGAAUACGAACAUGUGAUUAUCAUGCCUCAGUUUAUACGUUUGAUUCAGUUUGCUCGUUUCCUUGUCUUGUUUCUUCUUUUUUAAAUAAUAUUUCCGGAAGGGCAACUAUUCAUCCUCAUUUUCUUAUUCUUGACUUUGUAGGAACCUAUUCUAAGAUAACUUUUUCAUAGAAAUACCUUCUUGGCUCACAUCUUCACAUUUCCCUAUUGCUCUGGAUCGUAUUAUAUUUUUCUCUUAUGCUAUCACAGUACAAAGGGCAUACGUCGUAGAAUUUCAUAUCCACUAAAGCUUGUUUAUGUCAUGAUUAUGUCGAUGCUAUUAAACCCAUUUAUUUUGUAAUAAGUUGUUUAAUUGUUUAUAUCAUCACAGUGACUGAUAUUAAUAAUUCUUUUUUGUUUUAUUGCUUUUCCCUCUUUCUUCGAAUUUCGUUUUGCCAUUUCCAUUAUCAAUACGUUUCACAUGGAUAUUGAUGCUAUUUAGAAAAGAUUAAAUGUUCACUCGGCCAUUCAGUAUUAGAAUAUCGAUAAAGUGACACAUUUCUGACAGCAUCCAUGAACUUCUCUUAGCUUGUUAAUCUUUUGCACGAAUUUAAUUGCUGUGCUAGGAGAAGAUUAUGGAAAUGUGCAUAUCAUACGGUGACCGAAGUGUUACCUCAUGACAUACGUGUUUCCAUAAUUUUUCGUGUACCUGUUAAAAAUUUUCAGCGCUUUUGUGACGUUCAAAAAGUGAUAUGUUUCCUAUGCAUAAUAACCGCCUGUUUAUUAGAUGAAAGAUAUUUUAUAUCAGUUGUUAUCAAUCCUAUGUUAAUUGAAUAAAAACACACUGG